GUCACUACAUAUACAGUUUGUAUGCUUGAUAGACAUAUCAGAUAAAUAUAUCUUUGUUAUCACCUACAAGUGGAAAGUAUUCAAACUUUUAUAAAUUACGUGGGGAUACUUGGUUAUGAAUAUGCUUUUGAUCAACACCCGCAAUAUAAGUUUUGCUUGUAGGAUGGUGGCUGUCAGUUUUACCUUACUAAUGGCAUCGUUUAUUCAGAAAAGUUACUCUUUACCUGUUGAAAGUUGUCCGAUGUAUGGUUGUCGUCCAUCAGGGACUUUUUCGUAUGAUCUUGACAUAACAGUUAAUGUAUCAUUAGCUUGGCCUAAACCUUUCAAACAAAGCUCUUCAAAGGAUUUGCUAGGGUGUGUGGGGAACGAGGAACUGAUCGUUUGUCAGGGUGAUGGGCAAACUCAUAGAGGAUACAUUAGCUUGAGUGUUCAGAACGGUUCUCUGGUAUGGUAUGACAAAGUUCUUUAUCGCCCGACCCUUCCUAUAAUGGACAUCUACGGCGAUAUUGUGGGGACGGAUGGUAACAAAUUGGUAAAAUACGAAGCAGAUGGAACUUUAGAGAAGCCAGUAAUUAACGAGGAAAAUCUAUCCCCUGUUUACAGUAUAACGUUUUCUGACAACAAUAUAUUUGCCAUCGUUUCGAAGCUCGGAAUGCUGGUGACCGUGGAAUCUAAUGGAGUUCCCCAUUCUUUCAUUGAAUUUAGAGGAUGGGAAGAGAGGAUGAAUGGAACCUUUAUACCAAUAGCUCCACCUGUUGUUUCCGGGCACCGGAUAUACAUUUUGACAGCUUUUCGUCCCGAUGGAAAAAAAUCAACUCUUUCCAUGCAGAGACUGUAUGCCAUUGAUAUUUUCAAUGUUCUCUCAGGAAAACUAAAGAUUGCAUGGUAUUUCAACUUUGAAAGACUUUCCGUAGCAACAUCCAAGAUCAAAAGAGAAGUCUUUGAAACAACUUCUGUAGAACCACAAAUUUUAGUAAAUACAGACACCAACAUGUUGUACGUUAAUUUACCACCCCUGCAAGACAACUCCAAUGCCAUCCAUGUUGUCUGGGGAUUCAAAGAUGAUCUUCAAAGUAGUACUCCGACUUUAUUAUUCAAGACCCCUCAAGCUGUUGCUGGACUGGCCAUGUACGAAUCAAGCAGGUCUAUUCAAGUCAAUAACAGUGGAGCACUAAAGAAUGGUCCAUGGAUGCAUUUACCAAUUUUUCGUCCUUUAGGCUCUGUAAAAGAAUCAGAGGAAAUUGAUGCCUCGCUUUGGACCGUAUCUACCGACAAGAGAUUAAUUCUGAAACUCUCUCCUACAGAUGGAACUGUUCUACAACAUAUAAAACUCAAGGAUCUAUUCAACAUGACGACAACAGUCACUUCCCGCGUAAUGGUGGCAAGAUCAACAUCCUCUAGCACUCGAAGUGAUAAUCUUAUUUUUGGAAUUGAAGUGACACCCUCACCUGAUGGGAACGUUUCGAAAUCAUUUAAAAACUUAUGUAAAUCUCAUGCAGUCAAUCCUGGUUUGAAAUAUUACGUCAUCAGCUUAAGGGAGUCUAGCUUAAGUGAGUUGUACGUGAACUGGAUCAUUGGGACACCCAAUAACUGUCCAGCUGUUGGUCAAAUAACCGGCAUCAAAAGAUCAGGAAGUAACAAAGAUAUUCUUGUCGUUACGACAAAUACGUCGGAACAAUCUGAAAUAUUUGCCUUGAAAACAUAACUUUUCAAGGAAAACUUCCAGUAAUAACCUCAAUUCACAUCAUGUAUUUAUGAAACAUUUGAAAAUACCAAACAAUACUCUCAAUUUUACC